CUCUCGCUGGGAUGUCGGGACUUGUAGUUUGAGAUAGAUUUUGGAAGCCGGAGUAGCGGCUGCCACUCAAGGCUGAAGCUGCUGGCUCCGAGCAUGUCGUUGAUGAUCCAAGAGGAGUCCGAGGAUGCUGUGCGCACAGUGCCGUGCUCCCGGCUUGUCGUGUUGGUGCUAAUGAGACGCAAGCUGUGCUCCACUGACGCAGGAUCCGCACCUGGGCAGUAUCAAAAAUGACCUGGCAUAGCGUGUGGUCUGGAGAUCUUAUGCUACAAUGAGGAAACACACACGGGUGGCCCCCGGUGUGUUCUUCAUAUACCUACUUUCAUGUAUAAUUGUGUGUGGCACAGAGGAGAGCACAAGUUCUAAAAUCCCAUUCCUCAAUGCAAAAUAUGACGGCUAUCCCAUGUUGUACUUCUCCAAAGGCGAGGUGGAAAAACUGCGUGCUCAAGCGGCAGGCAGCCAUCAACACAUUGCAUCACGUAUUAAUGAGGCAGUUCAUACAAUGCUGACUAACCGAAUUGAAUACCUUCCACCUUGGGAACCAAAGGAUUUUUCAGCCAGAUGGAACGAAAUAUAUGGGAACAACUUGGGAGCACUGGCAAUGUUCUGCGUUUUGAAUCCUGACAACACUGAAGCAAUUGGCUUUGCAAGAGAGUAUAUGGAAAGAAUGGCAGCACAGCCUAGUUGGUUGGUGAAAGAUGCUCCCUGGGAUGAGGUUCCUCUGGCACACUCUCUUGUGGCCUUUUCCACUGCUUAUGACUUUUUAUAUGACUCUUUUACGAAGCACCAAAAAGAGAGGUUUCUUGAGGUCAUAGCCAAUGCUUCUGGACAUAUGUAUGAAACGUCAUAUAGGAGAGGAUGGGGGUUUCAGUAUCUCCACAACCAUCAACCUACCAACUGUGUAGCACUGUUGACAGGAAGUUUAGUCCUGAUGAAUCAAGGUUAUCUGCAAGAAGCUUACUUCUGGACGAAACAAGUACUCACCAUAAUGGAGAAGUCAAUAGUCUUGUUAAAUGACGUGACAGAUGGGUCACUUUAUGAGGGCGUGGCCUAUGGCAGCUACACCACUAGAUCACUUUUUCAGUAUAUGUUUCUUGUCCAAAGGCAUUUUGAUAUCAACCACUUCAAUCAUCCUUGGUUAAAAGAGCACUUUGCUUUUAUGUAUAGAACGAUCCUGCCGGGUUUUCAGAGAACAGUUGCCAUUGCAGAUUCCAACUACAACUGGUUUUAUGGUCCGGAGAGUCAGCUGGUAUUUUUGGAUACAUUUGUUAUGAGAAAUGGAAGUGGGAAUUGGUUGGCAGAACAAAUCCAAGCCAACAGAGUGCAAGAAGGACCGGGGACACCAGCCAAAGGACAGCGUUGGUGCACUUUGCACACGGAGUUUCUUUGGUAUGAUGCAUCCCUGCCACCUACACCCCCACCAGACUUUGGAACUCCAGGUUUGCAUGUUUUUGAAGACUGGGGAGUAGUGACCUAUGGGAGUUCUUUACCUGCAGAGAUCAACAGGCCAUUUCUGUCCUUCAAAUCAGGAAAACUUGGAGGACGUGCAAUAUUUGACAUUGUACAUCAAAACAAAUACCAAGAGUGGGUGAAAGGAUGGAGGAAUUUCAAUGCUGGCCAUGAGCAUCCAGACCAGAAUUCAUUUACGUUUGCUCCUAAUGGUUUUCCAUUUAUAACCGAGGCUUUAUAUGGACCAAAAUAUACUUUUUUCAAUAACGUCCUUAUGUUUUCACCAUCGGUGUCGGAAAGCUGCUUUGCGCCAUGGGAAGGACAGGUGACUGAGGACUGUACUUCAAAGUGGCUAAAAUACAAGCAAGGGGAGGCAGCUGACUCUCAUGGAAGGGUAGUGGCAGCAAUGGAGAAAAAUGGAGUUGUUUUUAUCAGGGGUGAAGGUGUUUCAGCCUACAGCCCUAAACUGAAAUUAAAAAGUGUUCAAAGAAAUCUUGUUUUACUCCACCCACAGCUGUUGCUACUUGUUGACCAUAUACAUCUGGAUCAUAGUAGCACAGUAGAUGCAACAACUACUUUUUUCCACAAUGUAGACUUGCCUUUUGAGGAAACCUCUAUUGACGGUGUCCAUGGGGCAAUACUUAGGCACAGGGAAAAUAUUUAUAAAAUGUACUGGAUGGAUGACACCGGCUUGAGUGAGAAAGCUGUCAUCUCAUCAAUAAACUACCCCCCGGGUUACCCAUAUAAUGGAACAAAUUAUGUGAAUGUCACAACCCAUCUCAGGAAACCAAUCACACGAUCAAUCUAUCUUUUCAUUGGACCUUCUAUUGAUGUUGAAAGCUUUAGUGUUCAUGGAGAUUAUCAGCAAGUGGAUGUGUUCCUUGCAACUAGUGACCAUGCGUAUGCUGUCUACCUCUUUACAGGUGAAACGCCAAGCCAGUCAGUCUAUGCUAAAAUAGUUGCAGACAGGCAAAAGAUUGUAUUUGAUAAAACCUCAGCCAUCAAAAGUUUUUCUCCCCCGGAGGUGAAGGAUUAUGUCACAGUCGUGGAGCAAAACCUUCAGCACUUCAAACCUGUUUUUCAACAAAUGGAAAAAGAGAUCUUGUCACAUGUAAAAAAUACUGCCAGUUUUAGGAAGACUGCUGAAAGAAUACUUAGGUUUUCAGGUAAAAGGAAUACAGAAGAGGCAAUUGAAACGCUUUUUGACGUUUCUCAACAGCAGAAGCAACAGGGCAAGAUCACAAGAACAAAAAAGGGAACCAAAAACUAUAAAUUUCUCAAUGGUGUUCCAGAUAUAUUUUCCCAAAUUGAGGUAAAUGAAAAACAGACUCGGCUAAAAGCUAUGGCACUGGCUCAGAGUGAAAUUCCAGUCAAUGAGGAUGAAGAAAUGAAAGAUCUUUUGGACUUUGUGGAUAAACCAUCAGUUAGACAAAAGUCUAGCCCGUACAGCAGAUAUGGUUCUCACCAUAUGUUGACUACACAUAAUGGGGCUGUAGCCAUAUCUGCUUCCUAUACUAGAUUAUUUUUAAUCUUAAACAUUGCCAUUUUUAUAGUUCUGUUAGCAUUACAGUUAUCCCGAUUUCUAAGGACUAAGAAUAUGCAUAGAAAAAGAUGUUUGUAUGCCAUACUCUCUAUUGACUGUUGCAUUUUAGUUUGGUUGUACUCCUCAUGUUAUCAAUCACAGUGUUAAAGCCAGCCAUACUCUGCGCAGUCCUUAACCUAUGUCAAUACUAAAGUUGUCUGCUGCCAUGUGAAAAUAGAAUGUUCUGAUCUACGUAUGCCUAACUGGCUCAUUUAUUUUUGUAUGUUUCAUAAAGGGAAAAGCACUAUUAAUAUAAAGACUUUGUACAUUUAUUACAAUUUUGAGACUGGAAAUAAUUAA